AUGGUUGGAAAGGAAGAGGAUUUUUUUGUUGAAGGGGGAAGAGGCUACAGAGGGAUGGCUAUUGCGUAUGAACAUUAUGAAGGAGAGAAGCCAGGAGGAUCCAAAGAUAACAGUGAUGUUAAAAGUGAAGUCUUGGAACCGUUUAGAGGAUAUGAGAAGAAGGGACGUAGCAGAGGCGGCUUACGGCUUUUAAAAGGAACAGAAAAGCGGCACAGUAUUCCCAAGAAAUCCCACUGGGAGCACAGAACGCUAGAAGUCCUUACUCCAGAAGCUUGGAAUAAAUUUGGAGAUCUUGAAAAACGCGAAAUAAGCAACUUGUACAUUCCAGAUAGAAUUCCAACUGAAACAGAAAAGUUACUGUGUGAGUUCCACCCUGAGGUUGGAAGGGUGACAAGGAACCAGUUGAAAGCGAUGAGAGCAACGUAUGUUAAAACGGAGGUUGAGGAUAGUGAAACGAACAAUCGUGAAAAAAAGAGUAAUUCAAAAAAGGGAAAGAGUUCGGCUGCUGCAGAUAUGAGCUCCACUGCAUCGGAAUCAGAAAAGAUCAGUGUUUUUAGUUUUGAACCUGCAGCUGUAAAACCAGAGUUGGUUUCUGAGGCGCAUACUUCACCUCCCACUUCCGAAAAAACGAGUUCUGAAAUUGGUUUUUCGCUUGCUAUAGUCAAAAACGAGGAAUCAAAUGGGCCGGUAUCUGCCUUUGAUUCACCGAUGACCGAUGAGGUUGAUACAAAUAAUGGCUUUGAUGACAGUCAGAAGAGGGGUAGAGGCAGGCCAAAGGGUUCAAGGAGGCCGCGUAAGACGUCGAGAGGCUCUUGUUCUAACGGAAAAAAAGUUCCAAAAAAGGCUGGGGCAAAAUCGUUACCAUCCGCUGGUAACCAGAAAAAGAAAGUUAUAGCUUCCGGUAAGGAACAUAGCCGCAGUAAUGGUAAAGCAACUCGAAAAAGGCGCAUGACAAGUAAAAGCGAUGCGGCUGACAAUGACUUAGAGGCUGCAACUGAGCUCGUUUGUGGUGUUGCGGAUGAUAAAGGUUCAGCAAAGUCGACCAUUUCUCAGCCUCCAAGAAAACGUGUGAGAAAGAAAAGUUUAUCUGUCACGCGCUCACAUAAUAAAGCAGCAGAGAAUGUUCCUGAUAGCUUGAACUUUGUCGACGGUGAUCGUUCUAGUUUGGAAGAGCCUAACGUUGCGUUUAAUGAAAAUAUAGUUGAUUUGGAAGUUGGAAAUGGUGAGGAUAAAACAGCGAGAAGCUCUUCAAGUGAAGAUGUGGUUGGGAGCCAGUGUGAGUUAGAAGAGACGGAAGAACGAAGUAUUAAAGAUAGUUCUUUCUCAGUACGUCAACAGGGAACUAAACGACGUAAAAAAUCUGUGCAAAAACUGGGAAAUCGGGUUAAUUCACCAAACUCAUUGGCUGAAACUACCGCUGGGAAAAAGCGAGGGCGACCACGGAAAGCAAUGGGAAGAAGGAGCUCUAACACUGUAAAAGAAAAUUUGAACGGUCUGCUCAAAAAAGAUGCAGUUACUUUUCAGAGUAGUUCUCAGGAAGACAGUUUUCUUGACGUCUCCAAAAGUUCAUCAGAUACUGAAGAAGGAAAUCCUAUUAUAUCGGCAUCUGAAGCUCUACCGCCUAGUUCGAGCGAAACAACUUAUGCUUCAACGGACAAUGUUCCCGAAGUUACUGUGGCUGUGCCCUCUGAAGUCCAGAUUGAAAUGAAGUUUGAAGAGCAGCGUGGUCACCCGCUAUGUGCCGAGUACUCAAACUUUCCUAUGCCAAAAGCUUCAAGCGGCAUAUCCCUUAACGAUCUUGUAGCAGGAUGCUCUUCGCUAAGGGCUGAUGAAACGAUUGCACCAGUGAAAACUCUUCUGGAUUUGCGAGCAGCCGUUUUGCAAGGUAAUAUUCCUCUUGCAAAAACUAGUCUACAGCAUUCUAUGUGGCGCAAUAGUGCUCUUCACUUGGAUGAAAAACGUUUUGGGAAAAGCUUAGUAAUGGAGAUUUGUGAGAAGUCUUGCGAUGAAGCCCAUAUUCUCGAUGACAUGUUGCGUCUUCUUGUUUAUGCUGGCGCCCGGUUAGAUAUCGUUGAUGAUCAGCGUGGCCGAACGCCCCUGCAUUUUGCAGCAGCUAACGAAUUAUGGUGCCGAAUUCGUGUGUUACUUGCUUUGAGGUCACCUGUGAAUACAAAAGAUAAAGAUGGUAAAACGCCGUUGCAAAUUGUCAUGUCGAGUCGAGCCUCAAAUUUUCACGUUGUACGGGCUAUUUACCUGUUACUGGAAUAUGGUGCUGAUGUAAAUGAGAUUAUUGAACGACAACAAAAAAACAGGUUUUAUACCGGAACUUUUUUAUUUGUCCCACGGCUUAUUGACUAUCGGGAAAAGCUUACGAAACAUUUUGAAGAGGCGAGGCAAAAAGUUUUGAUUGACAUGACAGUGAAAAGAUCAAUCACUCCUGUAAUUGUUCGCGGGAUAUGGGAAUGUUAUGGAAGAAACAGGGUUAUCAAAUAUGACUUCAAACAUGAAUCGAGUUAUCUACCUAAUAUACGAUAUAUGUAUGUUAUUGUUCUGGCGCUUUUUGACUACAGAGGACCGCGUCUGUGGAAAAUAAGGAUGUGGGGUAGCAGUCCAUUUGAAAAGGUGUUGCUAAACGGAAAGCCAGCGCGCAGUUUACAGUCGGAUGAGAAUGGGUUUCUUUACGCAGCACAGCUUCACGAUGGGUUUAACCAACUUCAUUUACAUAUGAAGGAAGCUGCUGAGUGGAAAAAGUUGUUAGUACUAACCCAGGUUUUACUUGUUCAACUCCAUAAGCCAACUGUUACUGUCCCACCUCCUCCACUUGAAGUGGCUCCUGAGAGUGGCACAGACUGGCGCAAAGAAUGA